AUGUUUGAAAACAUUAUAGUAUUGCUGUUUGUGGUAGGUUUACAUCAGGCAAGUGUCGAUGGAAGUGCAGGCUUACGGUUUUCUGGUAGUUCUUACGCCGAGUACGACCCGUGGAGCUGGUUUCCUAAUGCGACGCUACAGUUUUUCUUUCAAGCCAGUGCAAAGAAAAAAGCUUUGCUUUUCUAUCAGGACGAUGCUGUCAAGGGCGCAGAUUACUACUUUAUGUGUCUGUUCCUGACAAGUAGCGGUUUUGCCAAAUUUCGUGCAAGGCUUGGUCCAGGGAUAGAAGAGCGUGAAAUUAAACAUAACUUUGCUGACUCGCAAUGGUACAAAGUCAGGAUAAAGAUUGAUGUGAAAAAAGUACAUUUUUCAAUAAAAGAUCAGAAUGGCGUAGUACACACUGAAGAAACUCCAUUUCAAAUGAGUGCAUCUGACCAGACUCGAGCGUACAACGUCUUGUUCAUCGCUGGAAUUCCGCUCAGUUUGUCGGAGACGGAUUUUUCCGAUACAAAAUUAUUUCGGUAAAAGUAGAUAUGAUAUUUUUAACAUGAUUUAUUUUUGUUCGGUUUCUUUUCCUGUUUUGUCGGUUCUCAGAAAGUCAAGCUUCUAUCUUCCUCCAAAUUCACGAAAAUAAUUAAAAAUCCCUGACCGCGAAGAAGACGAAAAGUACGUCAUCGUGGCGUUGUUUAAUUGAAUGAUCACAAGACUUGCUCGCAGUAAGGAACGAAACCAACUCAUUUUACAAUUUAUUUACUACUAAGCUGUCAGUUUCAGGAGCAAACGUUAUAAAAUUUUCAUUUGACAAAUGAUCAUAAAUGAAUGAUUACUGUGCGAGCACUUUGUUAGUUUAAUUCACGCGGAAAUAAAUAAUUAAAAAUAUUACCGGUUAUACUGUUAUGAUCUUCCAAAAGCUUAAAGGAGAAAUAGGAUUUUAUUUGGAGCUGACUACUGUUAAUUAACACAACUUGUCAUUCUUGUUUUAUUUAGUAACUUCGGUGUCGCCAAUUUUGAAGGAUGUAUAGGUGAUAUUAGGGUCUAUCGACCAUCGAGUGGUCAGCUGGAUAAAGUAAGGCUACGGAAACCAGCUAACGCACAGAGCCAGGCCUGCCUCGGAGCUUGUAGCAAAGUGGGAUGCUACAAUGGUGGUCGAUGCAUUGACAGAAUAUGGCAUUCAGAAUGUGAUUGUUCAGCGACUGGUUUCGAAGGACAUAGAUGCGAAAAUCGUAAGACAAAGUUUAAAAUUUGUCUUUAUUUACUGUGGCUAUGUUCACACGGCAUACCGGAUGUAUUUUCGAGCGGUCGAAAAUUCGUUCGUUCUGUUGACACGGAGCCACGCUAAUUUGAACGCCUAGCCGUUUAAAAAUUCGAACGCUUGAAUUUAGGACAAAUUUUUAGCCGUCACCGCGGAAAAUUUGACCAGCGCAAUGUGAACACCACCACCGUUUAAAUUUUUGUAAGGCAAAUUUGACCGGCGCUAUGUAAACACCUUAACCGUCUAAAUUUUUGUACUGUAAAGGACCACACAAACUGAGGUCACCCAGACAAAAGAAACUCAGCUGGGAGAGUCGAUUUUGGAAUUGCUUAAAUAGUACUUGGACAGAUGGUAAAACCUCAGACAAAGUUAAAAAUUCCACCUGGUUCGUCAGGUCCAUGUGAACAGAGCAAAAAUAUCGAACGGUUCCGUUUGAACGAAGUGUCCGCAUAAAUAUUUCAGCCGGUCGAAAAUUCGUCCGGUAUCGCGUGUGAACGUGUAUAACCUGAAAGCCGCUCAAGGUUACUCUCAGCGGAAGAAGCUGAUGGUUGACGGCUGUUACGUAAGUGUAAAGCAAAAUUUAAAGCUCUUUUCCAGGACUGAAAGUGCCCAUUAUUUAGACCGUUUUCACAUGAUGUGACGUCCGCCAUAUUGGUGUUCCAAACCAAUCCCGUGGGAGUUGAACUCUUUUGUUAUGCAAACGCUUAUUUUUGUUUCAAUAAACAGUUGCAUAGAUGCUGGCCACGUGAGUGAAAACCCUCUAUAUCGUCAGCCUCGGCUAGUAAUUGCCAUGGAACCACAAACGGCCAAAUUUAAGCUCACAUCUGAGGACGACCGAAAUUUCAUCUCAAGCUCCCAGUACGACAAAAGAUGACAUAGAAGACUUCAAAAAUUUAGCUCAGCAAUGAUCAAAACAUGUGGAACUCACCAUGACAUAGUACUAUUAAAAAGAAUAGGAAUCUAAAACAUCAUUAAUUUUAAAGAUAAACGCCAGUGAGAUUAGUUCUACCUAGGACUUGUUGUACAUACCUAUCGUUUCCAUCAUUCCGUUUUUUGUUAAAGUAUAGAACAAAUAUAUUAUUGUUUAAUCUGUUUUAUAUAAUUGUUUUUUAGGUUCCCAUACUGCCCACCUGAAUGUUCCUCAAGAGAGCGGGGGAUAUAUUUCUCAAACGCUGAGUAAUGACAGUCCCUUUAUGGACACAGAAAGGAACACAAUACAUUUUAUGUUUUUAACAGAAAAGAAGAACGGCGUAUUCUUCUACAUGGGGAGUGACAAAGACCAUUUGUUGGCGGAACUCGUAAAUGGAAGUUUACGAGUCGAGGCAGACGUCGGUGGAGGUAAAAUUAGACUUAAAAUAAAGGCAAGGCUGAUCGGAUGGCUAAGGUUCACAAAUUUAUUUUCCCAAUAUUUCGACUAGACAGAACUAGUCUUCAUCAGGGUUGGAAAAGCUAUGUGAGAAAAGAAUAAACGAUUACAGUAUAUAAAAUAAUAGAGACCCUAUCAGUACACUGCCGGGUGUAUGAGUGCGAGGUCUUAUAGUCACCCCCGAGUUACAGCAGGGCUAUCGAGUACCUCUUUUUAUUAUACACAUUUAAAGCCUGUUCCUCGCUGAGGAAAACGGUGUUUCUUUUUGAGGUUUUGCUCCUACCUGUACACAGAUGCCCCCUCCCACCAAAAAAAAAAUCGCGGAGAGAAAAUCGCGGGAGGGGGGAGGCUGUCUGUACACUGGCUGGGCUAGGAGAGAUGUGGCUAAAAAACUUGAAUACAAUUGGCAGUUAUGUUGGGUUGAUUCACAUACGAAUCUCUUCCAGUUCAAUUCCCUCUGUGCGAAAACUCUCCAGAAAAGGGGAAACUAAGUGACGGGCUGCGUGUGGGCAGCAUAGCUCUCGUCUGGGCGCCCACCACGGCAGACUGAGGUCUGUCACUGGGACGGCCGUGAGCGACAGCCGGAAAUUCUCGGAUGAUCUGAUCGCUCAUUUUGGGUGGAAAUUUCCCUAGAGCUCUCAACGGUUGAACAUUGAUAAGCGACGUCAGUUGUCGAGGUCUUGUACUGUCGCAAUUUGUAAAAAUAAUCGCAAUUUGUAAUAAAUUCAUCGCAGAUUGUAAUACCUGUCGCAAUUUGUAAUAACUGUACAUCGCACUUUGUAAUAAACUAAGCUUGCAUCUCAGAGAACUUCAAUCUCAAAAAUUUUCCCGGAGGAGCAUGCGCCCGAAACUCUCUGGAAAAAUACGCCGUUCGCAGUCCUGAUAGGCGCUAUCGCGCUUAUAUUACUACUGUCUAUCACAAAAUCCUCCGUCCCCCGCUGAGUCUGCCGUGGGGCUUGCCCUCUUUAGCUUCGCACAGCUCGCCAAAACUGAAUCAGCUCACCUGGCUAAUAACUAAAACCUAAAACCUGCAAGAAAUUCAAUUCCAAGGGAAGGAGAUUAGGGCUUUUUUUCUUACGAAUGCACAAUCACUUGUUCAACGUGUCUUUAUAUUGCAGGUUCUAUAGUUGUGUUCGACAAAGGAAAUUAUCUUUCGGACAGCUGCUGGCAUCACGUGGAAGUUCGUCGCAGAAAGGCGCGCUUAACUGUCAUCAUCGACAAAGAAAAAUUCAGAAAAAGCAGUGAGUCCUCAACUUCGCAUUUCAAGCUGAAUCUUAACAACAACACAUCUAACGUCAUUUACUACGGUGGCGGCCCUUCUGACAAACUGGUGUUUGCAAAAGCUAAACCUUUGUUUUUUAGGGGGUUUCUUAAACAGUUUCACUUUGAGCAAAUCAAUGUAAUAGAUAACGCAUUGAAACGACAAAGAAAAGACUUUAAAAUAAUAUCAGAUCCGAGUGGAGUGGGAACUGCAGCGAUGACGAACUUCUUACUGCAAUCAGCGGAACGCAAGUGCAUACCAGACCCGACGUCAGGGUGCUCACCAGAUGAUGAUGACUUAGAUCCGUCAUGCAACCCUUCAACAACUACACCAACAAAAGGUAGGCCGUCCAGGGCUAUGUUUCACUAUAACCAAUAGCUCUUGCGCCGGCACGAAAAUCAUACUAGGUAGGGCUUCUGUUUACACAUAAAAACUCUGAUUUCGGCGCGAUUUCUGCGCCGCGACAAUUUCGAAAGUGGAGCGUCACAUAUCGGAUAGGUUCUGUGCCACACUUUGGUGUAGUGUGAAAAGGAAUCUGGACCGUAGGGGAAGUAAAUAAGUACCAGAAAGAUGACUGGAACCCACUGAGACGGAAGUAAAUAUUCAGGAGUGAGGACUGGGAUUUUGUUCACCAAACUCUCUCGGCAAACCGUUCCGACACGAUGUUCGAUGUGUGUGAACGAUUUGUUGCGAGCAACGUCCAUGCCAGGGCGUAAUAAGCUAGGCUAGCUUAUUACGCCCUGGUUCAUGCGCUCGUGUCACGGCGUUUUCUCGGACUAGUUUAUUUUUAGAACGGUUUUGGCCCCAAAAUUUGUCUAAAAAUAAACCGGACCGUAAAAACGUACUGACAUAGGCCUAGUAUGGGGAGUUGCUCGCUCCGGGUUAUGGGCUCCUGCCACUGUAUAGCAUGUUUAGUGGAUAGCGCUAUCUAACGUUUGAACAACUAGGGGCAGAAGCAUAUUUAAUAGCCAUAAUAACUAUACUAAGUAAAUCUUUUCUGCCCUUUUUCCUUUUAAAAGACACAACCAAAAGCACCACUGUUUCCUCACCAACUCCUACGGGAACAACUGCAAAAACUCAGAAUCAGGUAGCAAGACAGCUUCAAAACCCUACCCCCAGAUCCAAAGGCGUGUCAGCCUGGGUCAUUAUUGUUAUAGUGUUAGCAGCCAUGGCGGUUGUGCUUAUCACCGUGUUCCUUCUCUACCGCUGGAAUCAUCGAUACACGGGCUCAUUCAAGCCAAGUAAAAGCGAGGAGGCACAAUCACAGGACCCUGGGGCAGACGCAGAACAACAGCAAGGCUCAUGGAUGUAUAAUCAACCGCCAUUUUUUGUUUACAAACCUGCCAAGAAAACCACGAAGGCUCAGAGCCCGCCUGUCUCGAUUUAA